UCAAUCAAUAAAAAAAUAAAUAAAAAGAUUAUCAAGUGUUAUUUGUAAAAAAAAAAAAUAAUUAUAAAAAUUAUUAAAAGUGAUAAUUAAUAAAAAAAAAUAAUUUUUAAAAGAAAUGAGAUAAUGGUCUUAAACAUGAGCUUAAGUGCUUCAGACGUGCCAUCAUCAUCAUUCGUCAUCACAGAUGAUGGUCCAACGCGGAUUUCAAGUCAAAUGUCCCUCAGUAGUAGUUGUAAGCGCAACAGAAACAUCAAAUGGACUAAACGACGAAGGUCCUCACUCCAACAUCCCGUCCUCACCACAAAAUCUCCAACAAACCUAGUGAUUUUAAAUUAUUUAGUGUAUUUAAUUAUUUGCGUGACAUGCGUGACAUCGACGGCAUCCGCACUGAUUGUCGAUCCGAUGCUCGGUGCCAGCGAUGCCGGAGCCACAGACAAUGUGGAAAGUAGUAAAAGUAAUUCCGGCGGCGGCGGCGGAUUUGAGGAUGCCCUCAAUCGUUUCAACAUGGAAAACCAAAUUGCGGCAAUUUUCAGUCGGGUCUCCUAUGGCUCGACUACGACGAAACGCAGCAUUUCGGAUCUGGGCAUGGGACAAUCGAGUCUAACGACGAUACCGACACCCUUCCUAACGACAAAUAGGUAUCGUGAGAAAGAGAAAGAACCAGCAAACAACAAGAAUCAUGAACUGCAAAAACAUUACCAGCAAAUUAAUUCGCACCAUCGUAAUUUCGAGGAAAUUCUUGAGCGCGAUCAUGCGCUACCAACGUCCGCCCCAAAUGCGGACAUUCUCAAGACCAACAGCAAUCCCAUGUACCCGAACCCGAAUCGGCAUCACAAUCACGAGAGACAUCACGGUGGCGGACCGACGCCAUCGCCAGGUGCGCCGCCAUCGCAUCCCGGACCCGUGGCAGGAAAUCACAACAGAAUCCCAACAGUGCCGAUGUUGCCUGGCGACAUGCCAUCCUACUCGCCUCCAUCACGUGCUUUCUUCACGCCACCCUUGCCACGCGAAUACUCGAACCCGUUUGCGGAUAAACCCACGUUACGUGGCACCAACAGCGAUCCGAGUGUCGUGAACAGCAACACAUUCAUCAAUCGUCGCAUCAAGCCGGGAAAUAUCCCAGCUGUCGCACCACCCAGCCAACGUAUCCCACUUCGCCCGCCAGAUUUGGCGCCAGGAGCCGCUGCAGGAAGUAGUCUUAAGAAUAAUAAUUUUAUAAAUAACACGCUAAUCGGGGAUACAGAUACGGAAUCGUCACGCAAAAAGGCGCUCAAUACACCGAGUCAAAAACUCGGCGGAAAAGAUUCCUUUGGAACGUUCGGUGAUUCCGAUCAAAAUGGCAUGUUAAAUGGUUCUGAUCCGCUUGCCAGUAGUCGCGUCGUACAUAUUCCCAGUAUUUCGCGAAUUUUAUCGGGGUCUGGGGGACGCAACGAAGACAUUUCCGACGUGAUUUUACGCACGGUCACAGUUAUUCCGAAUCUCAUGCCUUCGUUGGGUCAACAACAGACUCCGGCACGCGAAACGUUUCCCGUAGUCACGCAAAAUACCGUCAGUUCGGGCAAUAAUUUGAACGUUUUGCGCGGAAAUCGUGAAAACGUUCAAGAGCCCUUUGAAAAAGACGAGCGUGGUACGGGAGGCGAUGACGUCGAUGAAGAAGACGAAGAUGACAUUUACGAUAAAGAAUCUGAUGAGCAAGCUAGUGAUGCGUCGACCGAAUUACCGUAUCGUGCCCCCGGUGGCAAGGAAGUAGAUAAGGAUGAGGUAGUGCAUGACUUGGCAAAGUCCAAUCAUGAUCGUAGUUUGUACACAACCACCGCGAAUCCACACGAAAAACACAACAGUAUUAAAGAUCGGGCAAAAAUGUCGGGUUUGGCGACAUGGACUGUCGCGUGGAACGUUCACGUGUAUUUGUCGGCCAUAUUGUUUACGAUACUGGCUGUUUACUCGAUAUUUAAGAUGAUUUUCUUCGACAAGCUGACACACUUGUUCAAUCAAUCGUAUUUCAUUUGCAUCCAUCUCAUUUUAAUCAUAAUUUGUCUGGCACGCAUUUUCUACCUGUGCUACGACGCCUACAAUGCCCAUCGGAGUUUCAAUAUUUUCGUCUCCGAAAUCUUGCUUAACUUGCCGGCGACCUUUUUGACGGUUGCCUUUGCCAUUUUGAUCUUGUUUUUGUUGAUACGCAGCACGAAUCACAAAAAUAACCGUUAUUCGGCACUAAUGCGACCGCUAACUGUGGUAAUUGCGAGCAGCGUACACGUGGGACUCUGCAUCACCUUGCACUACGUCGAGAGCUACGAAACGAUGAAUAACUACUACCAUCCGAAUGUUGGUGCGGCGACGAUUAAUGGCGGCGGUGGCGCCGCAACAAAUGGCGGCAACAAAUAUUUGGUGAAAGGCCCGAACGGGAUAAUGUCACCGCCUCCCAUUCUCUCGUUGAUUUGUCAAAUUAUUUAUAUAUUCGUGUGCCUAAGUCUGGGCUUUUUGUAUUUGUACAUUUAUCGCAUGCUGAAACGCAUUUUGAGGAAUAAAUCACAGAAUUAUAUUCAUGGUUAUCAGAAUCUCUCGUAUGCCAUUCACAUCACAAUUGCGACGGCAUUGCUGUUUAUUUUGUUGGCUGCAUUGCAAAUUUACGGUGCCAUUGGUUUGUCGUUGAACAAACCAAUUAUGUCAUCGCCUCUCGACACGGACUGGCUCCAAUGGGGAUAUCAAUUUUCCUUAAGACUGAUCGAAAUAGCUAUAAUUACCCUCUUGUCAUGGGUGACGGGACUGAAGACGGGCGCCUCGAAGGUCUUGCAACGCGAAAAGCGUCUCGACACACACAACGUUUCCGGUUUUGCCUUAUUCCCGUGCACCUCGAGUUCGAGUCAAGAACACUUUGAGACUGAUUACCCAGCGGUGUGCAAUGCCAACACGAAUCUCCAUUCCUAUACUUUGCGUACGGGCAAGCCCAUCUACGACGACAACUUUGCCCUGAAUGCCAUGGAUCACGCGCCCCAAGGUAUGCUCAUGCCAAUGCCGGGCGACAAUGGUCCUCCAUAUCCCUAUCCUCCGGGACAAUCCAUUCAAGAUUUCCAACAGCAACCACCACAAAUGAAUCGUCCUGCUACAGAUCUCGAUAGUAAUAGCAUCGUCUCGUCCAUGCAUAAUUCCGACAAAAUGUUGUCGGUGCAAGAAAUCGAAAACAGUGUCGAUUACAAUAUGCAAGACGGACCAAAUGGACAGAUGUUACCGCCAAUCGAUCAUUACGAAAACCCCAAUUUUGAAUUACGUGGAGGCAAUGGUCCCCAUCAAGACAAUUCCUCCCAAAGUUCCGAUCGUACGUCAGCAAAUCGUCUCAUGAUGGACAACGGGUAUGCUGAGCCCAUUAACAGUGCAAUAGAUCCGCGCACGGGUCUGCAACAGUAUGACUUUCAGAAUUUUGAACGUCCCAAUUUCGAUCGUCCGAGUUCGCGAAACGAAUUUCGUGCCUCCAAAAAUUUAAAAGCUCUGAAGCAACAACAAACAAUGGGUCCUGGCGGAUAUCCCCACGACACAUAUGGCUUCGGCAAUGGCCCACAACCACGUGGCUAUAAUACGAAUUACAACUCGUUCGAUCGGCGGAAUCGCGAUGUCUCGAACUCGGGCAUCAAAAAGAGCGGAACGUUGAGUAACAUUGGAAACAAUGGGCAUCGACGUUUCGAUCAGUCGAACAAUUCGGGCGAUGCUGCCGGACAAUUACCUGAUUCGCGUGACAAUCGACGAGCUGCCCAGACACUUAACAACUCGGGUAGACAGCAAAAACAUGCCGCGCGACAAAAUAACGAAUGGCGAACCUCGUCAUCUUCUUCGAACAAUCGUUCGUCUCUCGAACGAGGAGGUAACAAGAACCAAUAUCUCUCGGAUGAAGAGUAUCCGAAUGGCGGACGAAAAGAUUCGUUGUUAGAUCCCUCGCAAGCUAGCACCGCGACGCAAGGUAGCACGAGCGGCGAAAGUGCAAGUAGCGGAAGUAUGUUAGUUGCCGAACACGGUUUUGUUAGAUUUAAGGCAUUAGAUGAAUUAGGGCAACCAAUGCAGCAACAGCAGCAGCAACCACAAAAGUUUUCACGUAGCUCCGGUAGGGCGAGUAACAAAGAGAGGAAACUCACCAAUUCGUAGGAAAUAAUUGAAAAUGUGCUUGAUUCACUAAUUAAUUACCCUUAAAUGUAUGUAUAAAAGGCUAAUGUAUUUUAAACAAGAAAAAAAACUGCCACAUGUGCAGUUAUGAAUUCGAUUUUUCGAUGACGAGAAAAGCUCUCGUUACAUGUCAAGCUUAUUUAUUGCCGUUCUCAUUGUAAAUUUUUAUUAUAGCAUAUAGGAAAAAGAAAUUCACAACGGCACUUUACUACCUACUACUACUAUAUUAUAUUUAUACAUAUAUAAACCAAAAUGUGAUG